UUGAAAAUGAAAACGAAACUAUUAAAACAGAAAGAAAAAGUUUUAGAUUUCUCUGCUCGUCACGAACAGCAGAUUUUUGGACUGAUUCAAGGACAUCGGCUGUCAUCAACAUUCUUAGAUCAAGAUGUCUGUGCAGUUCUCUGGGUGGGAAGUGGUUGACGAUGGAGCCUCUUUUCAUGGUGUGCUGCUAGGGUCAUCGCAGAAACCUCAAAACCGGGGAAUCUACACCAUGUUCCACGGGACCAGCCUUGCUAAUGCACGGCUCAUCAUUGCUAAUGGUUUCAAACCAUCAUCACAAGGCAUGCUGGGAAAAGGCGUGUAUAUGAGCCGUGACAUGAACAAGGCAGCCAGUUACCCACUUUCCGGCAACCGCUCAGACCAAGUGAUCCUUGAACUGCGAGUCCGCGUUGGCCGUGUCAAGCGCAUCGACAAGGCCGACCAUCCUCUGCGGUUGAGUUGGAACACAAAAGGAUAUGACACUGCCUGGGUACCUCCCAAUUGUGGCAUGGUAACUGUGCGCAGUGGCCGUGAGGAGGACUGUGUUUUUGACCCAACAAGAGUCAAAGUUGUGGCCAUUGCAAAGGCUCCAAACACAACCAUAGAGAAGGAGCUUCAGCAGCUUCUAGCAAAAGCAUCCCAAAUGGCCAGUGGAGGAACUGGUGGUGCUGCAGCUAUAUGUUCCUUGUGUAAGAGAAACACCCAGCAGGGCUCUCUGCAUGUAAAGCAGCAGUGCUGGAAGUGUGGGAAAAACAUCUGUAUUCUUAUGUCCAAGCAUUUGUGCCCAUGGAUGUCGGUGCAGUUUUACGGCUGGGAUGUGCACUAUGAUGACGACUCUCUUCGUGUGGAGUUGGGGGCCUGCCAGGAGCCCAGAGAUCGGGGUGUCUACACAAUGUACCACGGCACCAGCGUUGCCAACGCACGCCUCAUCAUUGCCAAUGGUUUUCAGCAGUCAUCUGGCGGCAUGCUUGGGAAGGGCGUGUAUGUCAGCCGCGACAGGAAGAAAGCAGAGCGGUAUCCACUGAAGAACAACCCUUCAGAUCGGGUUAGCCUCGAGCUGAAUGUACGUGUAGGUCGUGUGAAACGCAUAGACAAAGACAAUCAUCCUAUGCAGUACAGCUGGAGCACGCAAGGCUACGACACUGCUUGGGUUCCCCCCAAUUGCGGUAUGAAAGCUGUGCCCAGUGGCCUCGAGGAGGAUUGCGUGUUUGACCCAAAAAACGUCAAAGUUGUGGGCAUUGCUAAAGCCCCAGACAAUGUAGUGACAGAGCUCAAACAGCUUGUCGCUAAUAACGUUAAGGAUCCCAGUCAAGGAGCUGGGGGUGCGGAUGGGUGUUCACUCUGCAAGAGAAAGGAGCUGCAGAGUUCUCCACACAUCAUGCAACAGUGCUGGGGAUGUGGGCAAAACAUCUGCGUGCUCAUGAGCAAGCAUGUUUGUUCAGCAAGAAAUUAAGUGCCUGUAAAAAGCCUGAAGAUCUGAACAAUUGUGAGACAGAUCCACUUCCAUGUGACCAGGCAGAGUAGAGGGGAAAUUAAUGCUGAAUGUUAUUAAAAUAAAUCUCAGGUAGUAAUCAUAAUUCAAAUACGGGACACACAUUUUCCUCUUCAUCUGCAACAAACUGUAUUUGUGCGAUAUGUUGAAAUACUUACGGUACUGUCUUGAAAAUGUUUGUAUAUUUUCUAAGGAAGCUUGAAUAAACUGAAAUGUUUAAGCUCACUGUUAUGUGUUGUGGUCAAGAGCAAUCAGGAUGAGAAUCUUUAUGUACACGGCAAUACAUCUUUAUUUCAGCU